AUGAAAGAGCCUCAGGUCAUUAUCGAGCUCAUUUUGUUAGUGAUACAAUUCCUGGUUGGGAUUUCAGCCAAUGGUUUCAUUGUGGUUGUGAACGGCAUUGGCUUGAUUAGACAGAAGAAGAUGAUUCCACUGAACCUGCUGCUUUCCUGCCUGGCAAUUUCUAGGAUCUUUCUGCAGCUGAUCAUGUUGACCUUUACUCUGACUGUUCUGUCCUUGGUUCAAAUCCCAGUUACUGCUGAGGCUUUUGCCAUAUUCAUGUUUGUUUAUGAGUCAGGGAUUUGGUUUGCCACACUGCUUGGUGUUUUCUACUGUGUCAAGAUUGCCACUAUCGUCCACCCACUCUUCUUCUGGUUGAAGAUGAGGAUUUCCAAGAUGGUGCCCUGGCUCAUCCUUGGGAUUUUGCUCUACACAUUUGGCACUUCUGUUUAUCAUGCAAGGGGCACUGGGGAAGCUGGAACAAGCGUCCACUACAGUGCGCUGAUGUCCAUCCUCUCCUUCCUGGUCCUCCACAUGUCCCAUUACAUGACAGAGCUUUUACUCUCCUUUCAACUUUUCCACAGUCAAAGCUAUAUCUUUUGGUUCUUUAUCUUGGUGAUUGGUACCUACCCUUGUGGACACUCCAUUAUCUUAAUUUUAGGAAAUUCUAAACUGAGACAAAGUGCAAGGAAGCUCCUUCUGUAUGGACAGUGCUGUCGAAGACAGAACUUUAACCUCAUCAAAGAGCUGGCAGUAAAAUGA